AUGGCCCAGAGCGUCGUUUAUGCCGACCUGAGGUUCGUGAAGGCCCCUCGGGGGAACAGCACGUGCUCCAGGUCUCAGGAGGCAGCGCUCGCAGACGAGGACGAUGCGGAGCUCACCUACGAGAACAUCCAGCUGGCCCAGACUGGGGAGGUGAAGCGGGGGCAAGGAGCGGAGCAGAGCAAAGAGCCCGGGUGGAGCACGUGGUACCUGCCCCUCGGCCUGCUGGGGACCUGCCUCUUCCUCCUGGCCACCACCAUCGGCCUGGGGGUUCGCUACUGGCAGGUUUCCCAGCAUCUGCAGCAGGCGUCCCGAGCGCACGAGGCAGAGAGCAGCCACCUCUCCCAGCAAGUCAGCACCAAGGGGACCACCCUGGAGCAGAUGGCGAGGGAGCUGGAGCAGGCCAGGGGGGAGCUGGAGCAGACCAGGCAGGAGCUGGAGAAGAUGCGGCUGGAGGAGAACAGCACCCAGGAGCAGCUGCGACAGCGGGAGGCCGCAUUAGAGGGAUCGAAGGAGGAGCUGGCGAGGGUACAGAAGGAGAAGACAGAAAUGAAAGAGGAGUUGAAGAAAAUGGAGAGCGCCCUGUCCAGCAUCUGCCCCUGCGAGCAGACAGGGUGCUGCCCGGCAGACUGGGUGUUGUACAGAGGAAAGUGCUUGUUCGUCUCGAAGGAGAAGAAGACUUGGGAAGAAAGCAAAAAAGACUGUGAACAGAAAUGUGCUCGGCUUCUUAUUGCCAAAUCCUGGGACUCGGAGACAACGCCGAAUUUUCUGAAAAAUACUAAUGUGCAGUAUUGGAUUGGACUCUGGAGAGACUGGCAAAGGGGAUCACAGUGGAAGUGGGUUGAUAACUCGCCCUUUGAAAAGUAA